AUGUUUACAUGCGGUUUUUUCGACUUACGAAUUUUUCCGAAUAUUUUUUUCCCUAUGGGAAACCGCGUUUCGACUUCCGAACUUUUUGACCUACGAAUGUGCAUUCGGAACGGAUUACGUUCGUAAGUCGAGGGACCACUGUAUUUGAAGGUGGCUGUCAGAUCUCCUUGGGGCCUCCUCCUUUCCAGGCUAAACAUACUCAGCUCCUUCAACCGUUCCUUAUCAGGCUUGGUUUUCAGACCCUAGAACAGGGGCCAGCAAACUUUUUCAGCAGGGGGCCGGUCCACUGUCCCUCAGACCUUGUGGGGGGGGGCGGAGUAUAUUUUGAAGAAAAAUUUGAACGAAUUCCUAUGUCCCACAAAUAACCCAGAGAUGCGUUUUAAAUAAAAGGACACAUUCUACCCGUGUAAAAAAUGCUGAUUCCAGGACCGUCCAGGGGCCGGAUUUCGAAAGCGAUUGGGCCGCAUCUGGUCCCCGGGCCUUAGUUUGGGGACCCCUGCCCUAGAACAUCUUAGUCACCCUCCUCAGCACACCUCCCAGCUUGUCAACAUCCUUAAAUUGUGGCGUGCAGAACGGGACACGGUAUUCCCAGUGUGGUCCUGUUACCUCCCUUGAGUUGAGCACUAUAUUUCUGUUGACGCAGCCUAGAAUAGCAUUCGCUUUUUUUGCUGCUGCAUCACACUGUUGGCUCACAUUCAGCUUGUGGUCCACCAAGACCCCUAGAUCCUUUUCUCAUAUAUUACUGGCAAGCCAGGUGUCCCCCCCCCCAUCUUAUAUUUGUGCAGCUGGCUCUUCCGCCCUGAGUGCAGAUUUAUCCAUUGCCUGAUCCUAGCGGGGGUAUCCUCCAUUUCCCCCUCAAAGGGGAGUUCUUAGGGUCUGUCACUCACCCCAAACCGUAUGGAAGACGAGAGGGAUCUACGACUCCUGCUCUCAAAAUAUGCAAGAGGAUGAUAAUAACUCCGUUGGUAGAGCAUCAGAUCUUGGAGUCGUGGGUUCGAGCUUUAAGAUUCCUGCAUUUAAGGGGUUGGGCUAGCUGAACCCUGGGGGGGGGGCUCUACAAUUCUACAAUUCUACUUGGGUCAUGCCUGGGGUGAGGCUUGCCUAAAAUGGAGCAGCUCCCCCCCCAUCUUUCACUUUUGUUGCAUGAGGAGGCCUUGCGACGCAUCUGCUUGCCAUGAUAAGAUUGCAGCGGUGGGCAUUGCGGCGUUUAUUGUGCCACCGAUCGCUCUCCGAACGAGCGAAGAAGCAGAGGGAAGAGAGGCCUUGCUUCUGGUUUGGCCAAAGCUCCCCUCCCGACUCUUCGCUUCAAAGCUUGGACAAGGCUUACCUUUGCUAUCUAUUGGUCUGUUCAAAUAAAGCAAUUUGGAACAAAGGGAAAGAAGCGCCGUGGUCCGGGGAGGCUGGCACACAGAGAAGACGGGUCCAGGUUGGCAAAUUUUUGGAACCAGGAUGGAGGAUGGAGGAUCACACCUGGCGGUGUCGUCAGACUCCAGAGAGCCAGGCUCAGGCUUCGGGGCCCCCAAUCCCGUCUCCCUCCCGCCACGGCCUGCUGCGUCCACGCAAGCCUUGACCCCGAUGAGUUUAUGUCAACAACCUUUCCUGACAGUGCAGAAUCAUCGCUGUUUGCCCACUGCAUAAUAUCCCGGCUCGCAGCCGCAGUCUCUACCAGACACGGCUGCAUCUUGACACCCUCCGGAGACAUGGUCCCCAUCUUGCCUUGCCUGGUCCUCCUGGUGGCCGCAGGACCCCCUUGGGUGGCCGGGGAGGGGCUCCAAAACAUCUUGGGGGGCUACGUUCCCAAGUAUGGCCAGUGCUACGAGUCCGUCCCUGGAGAGGCAGGUGCUUUGAACAUUGGGCAGAGAUGGGGAGACCCCUCUCCAACAGCCACAUUGUCCAUCGAUCCGCGCACGGUGACAAGCGCCACCUCCUAUUUCGACUUCCGCACCUUCGACCCGGAAGGCGUGAUCUUCUAUGGGGACAUGAGCCCCGGAGUCAACUGGUUCGUCCUGGCUCUGCGCAACGGCAAGCCCGAAAUCCAGAUCCACAAUACUGUGACGAACAUCACCGUUUCCGGGGGGCGGCGCAUCAACGAUGGCCAGUGGCAUCGGAUCAUGGCGAAGAAUGAGGGCCAUGCUGUCCUGCUGGCAGUGGACAACAAUUACCAGCUGAAACUCGACCACGUCUCCGAAGCCAUCGUCGAGGCCCCUGUCUUCGACAUGCGCAUUGGUGUCGGGGGCUUGCUGAUCCCCACGGAGGAGCUCCUUGUCCCACUCAACCCGGCCAUGGACGGCUGCAUGAGGCGAUGGAAUUGGCUGAACAAGAGCACCGAGUGGAUGGAAGGGACGUCCCUGGAGGACAAAGACGCCAAAGUCUGCUUUCCCAACAUCCGCAAGGGAAGUUUCUUCCCAGGGAACGGACUGGCCACCUUCUCUCUCUCAGACCUCUAUACCGGAGCCGUCUCUGCCAACCAGAACUGGUCCCUGACUGUGCAGUUGUGGAUGGAGGCCGCCCCGCAGUCAGCGCCCUUGCUGGCCACCUCCGCUUUCCCCCUGCGCUUAAGCCUGCAUCGCACGCAUCUGAUGGCUCACCUGGGGAACAAGACAGUCCUUCAGGUGCCCUUCCCUCUGGGGGGCUGCCUAAACGCCCCCCUCCACCUGACCAUCACCCCGUCCCACACCACGCUCCGCCUGGGCAACGCGGAGACCUCGAAGCCCACCCCGAAACUGGAUUUCGAAAGCCUGCAGCACACCUGGCUGGGGAAAAAGGGGGACUUCGUCGUCGGGGGGCUGCCUGGACAGGAAAAAUUCCCGCUGGCCCAGGAGAGGAGUUUCUUCCGGGGCUGCCUGCGUGGGUUCCGGGUUCAAGACCAGGUCCUGGAUUUUGACGAGGUGAAAUCCAGGAGCAAUUCAAUCUGGCCCUACAGCUGCCCCGUAGCCGACAGAGGCCAGGCCAAGGCGGAUCAAGAGGCAUAGGGAGAACUUCGGCACAUCUUUCCCUCCUUCUCCCAAGCAAAAUCGCACCCCCGUCUCCUGCCCCCCCCCCGGCUCACUAAGGCCCCCUUUGCACAUUUAACGCAUAACCAGGCCGCUCUCAACAGACACGGCUUCUUCCCCCAAGGGAUCCUGGGAAAUGUAGUUUGCCACGGGUGCCGAGAAUAGGAGAGACAGGACGCUGGUGCAGGUGACCUGCCCAGCCCAGCUUCCUGUUCUCACGGUGGCCAUGCCCACGAGCAGGAUCCGAGUGCGAGAGUCACUAUCCCCUUGCUGCCUCCCAGCUGUGGGGGCAGUGCAUAGCCAUUGUGGCAAGGAGCCUUUGACAGCUCUCUCCUCCAUGAAGGUUGUAAGGCCGUCUUUCAUGGAUAAUUUAGCUGGGAAUCCUGCAUUGCAGGGGGUUGGGCUAGAUGACCCUUGAGGGUCCCUUCCAACUCUAAGAUUCCAAGGAGACCUUAUACCCCUCAGAGACUUACAAUUCCCAUAGCUGGUGGUUAAACUACUCUGCAAAUUGUUCCUCUGUGAACAGAGGACAUACUCUUUUUUUCUCUUUUUUUCAAUUUUAUUUUGACAAAGUAAUCAUCAUAAAUAAAUAAGGAUAAAAAUCUGCACCCCACCCCUGAGGCCUUUCCAUUGUAACUAUCCAAGCUCCCAAAAUGUCAACACCUCUUGCGAUGGUUUGACCCCUUUCCGUUUUAGCAGUACAAAUUCUGCAAACACCCUCCAUAUCUUCUCAUGUAUGAUGUGAUGUAUGGAAGUGAGAGCUGGACCAUCAAGAAGGCUGAUCGCCGAAGAAUUGAGGCUUUUGAAUUAUGGUGCUGGAGGAGACUCUUGAUAGUCCCAUGGACUGCAAGAAGAUCAAACCUAUCCAUUCUGAAGGAAAUCAGCCCUAAGUGCUCACUGGAAGGACAGAUCCUGAAGCUGAGGCUCCAAUACUUUGGCCACCUCAUGAGAAGAGAAGACUCCCUGGAAAAGACCCUGAUGUUGGGAAAGAUGGAGGGCACUAGGAGAAGGGGACGACAGAGGACGAGAUGGUUGGACAGUGUUCUCGAAGCUACGAACAUGAGUUUGACCAAACUGCGGGAGGCAGUGGAAGACAGGAGUGCCUGGCGUGCUCUGGUCCAUGGGGUCACGAAGAGUCGGACACGACUAAACGACUAAACAACAACAAUCUCCUCAAAACCAUUCUUCCUGCGUAUUCCCCGUCUUACCUUAAUGGCACAUGUUAAUUUAUCAUUCAUACCGUAGCUAUAUCCCACACCUCUUUAUACCAUUCUUCCUUUUUAUAUUCUGCUUGCCCCUUCCGCUUCCUAACUAUAAUAAUUUGUGCAGCUGUCAAUAAAUUUGUGAGCGAGUCCUUCAUAGCCUGCAAACCUUCCACCCCGUCGUAAAUUGAUAGUAAUGCUACCUCUGGACUUUCGGCCAGCUUUAAUCCCAGUGAUUUCUGUUAUCUCCUCAAACACCCUUUGCCGGAAAAAUUGUACAUAUUUACGUCCCCACCACAUGUGAGCAUAAUUCCCGGUUUCCUGCCAUCCCCAGAGGAGUCUCCGGACCUAAGGACUCUCAGCAGCCUUAACAAACUACAGCUCCCAAGAUCCUUUGGGGGACACUCUUUAAAAUGGCAUGAUUCUGCUUUAAAUGCACAGUGCAGGCGAGGCCUCAGUCCGAUGUGUAGUUGUGCGAUUGCUGAAUGGCUGGGAACAGCCUGACCAGAUUUCAGUUGUGAUUGUGGCCAGUUGUGCGAGGUUUCGCGUGUGUGCUGUGUGUAGGGACAGCUUGGUGAUUGAAUCUGGCAAUGUCAGCUUCCUUUCAUGUUUUUUUUUCCCCCAGUCCUAAGCUCGUUGCUUCCCAUUUUUACUGUGGUCCUGCCAUUUUUAAAAAGAAAAGAAAUCCUUGUGAAAAUUCAUCAGCAUCUCGGUGCAAAUUUAAUUUCAUGUACACAUUUUUUUUCCCAAUGCUGUUUUGCUUGAUAUAGACAUUUUUGCAAAGCAAUUUCCCCUAAUUUAGUGCAAUUUGGGGGGAUAUGUUUACACACACACACACUUAUGUAUAUUCAUUUAUAUGCACAUUUUAGCUUAGUACAGCAUGUAUGCAUUAUUUCUCCUGUACACAUUGCUUGGCCAGAGAGAGCUGCAUUGCAAACUCAAAAAGAGAAAUACAGAUUUCAAAGGAUGGCUGUGUUUUUGUUUGCAUAGCGUUUUUGGAGCAGCUAGGUUCUCCUUUAAAUACAAACUGAACUGAAUCUCACACCCCAGUCCCUUCUGGGUGUGAGAACUUGCCCCUGGGAAGUCAAAAUUUCUCCUGCUUUUUUACUGAACUUAGCCUACCCAAGAGAGGUGAGUGACUUUAUAAAAAGGACGCAGAGGGCCGCCGGAGAUAAUUCACCCCACUCCAUACAAUUUCUGUAAUAAACUUAAUGUUUAAAUAAUAUUCGCAACCUGAAAAUUUCUCAGUUCAAUAGUAUCUAAUUGAAUAAUUCAGGUUCCAGUUCCAUUAAAGAGUCUUUUGAUGCAAAAUAUCAAUACGGCGUUUGGUGUAGAAGUCUUUUAGAGUCAGAUAGAGACCACAAUAAUCCGAAGUGCUAACUUUGGAUUAUUGUGGACGUUACCUUAUUUUAGAAGACUCUUACAUCAAGAUGCCUUGAAUGUAUUUGAUUCCCCCCCCCAAAUUUCUUAAGAAAACAAGCCCCCCUCCCUUGUUCGUCUAACCAAUAGCUGCCACUUCCUAUCAGAACGCAGGAGUCUCCGGUGUGUGUGUGUGUGUGAACCUCCUUGCGGACUGAAAAUUUAAUUAAAAUAAGGGAGGGCCUCCCGGGUGUGGGUGCCCCAGCGCUAGGAGGGUUGCAGAGCCUAGUGGUCAGAGCAGGCUGGCCAGAACCCAGUUCGAGUUCCCCAUUGCCCCCGCCACGUAGCGAAGCAGAGUCCGGUCUCUGGUAGAGAAAGCGGGGGCCCGGCGGCUUGCAGGGCCUGGCUUCUUUCCACCACCAUCCAGCUCUGGGAGGGCAGCGCAGCCUAGUGGGCAUCGUCCGCCAGCCAGAAGCUGGUCUCCGUUGCGAGUCCGGCAAUAGCCGCCACGGCGGUCCCCCGGCUCUCUUCAGAGCAGCAGGCAGGUCCCCGACUUG